CCAGUCCGCCUGGCCAGACGCCCCAAUCGGGCCAGCCGAUUCGCCUGUCACUCAUAUAACCUCCUUCCUCCCUCGCUCCAAACCUCACCUGUUAUGUCUUCACUCUGCCUCCAGUCUUGAAGUUUCUCCUCCGGAGACUUCUCACUUUUGAUCCUUCUUUUCAUCUCCAGAUAUUCUACCUCCCUGGCGCACCAUGGUCAUCGCUUCAGCUCCCCUCUCCUCCAGGAAGAGGCCUGCUCCUGACCACGACGUCUCGAGCUGGGGGACUGCUCCGCCUAUGCCUCCCGUGGCUUUUCAACGUCCUAUCCGCAUCCCCUACGCCCACUACGCCCUGGUCUAUCUCGACGAUACCGGAAAGCUGCAGAUCGACGAGUCCCCCUCCAUCCAGAAUCACAGUCUCACCAUCUUUACUCCGGAUGUCCAGCGUCGCUUUCUCGACUGUCUCAACGCCAAGGGUGACUACGUCCAACCUCCCUAUUCUCGCCCCUCUAUCAGACUUCGCGACCCUAGCGUCGUGUAUGGCUACGAUCAUAGUUGGUCGUCUGGUCAGGAGGCUAAGCGCCGCAAGGCGUCCGAUCAGCCUGCCCCCGCCGAUGAUCAGCAUGCUGCCGGCGAGGACUUUGACAUGGUCGAGAUGGAGAUCGGCAACACUGACAGGCUGCUCGCUUUCUACGAAGACGGCCUCAAGCGCAUCCAGCAGACUAACUGCCGUGUCUUGGCCAAGGCCUUCAUCAAGCACAUCGAACCCAAGAAACAAGUCAAGCAUCCUUAUAAUGGCCGUCGCCCGCGUGGCUCCCCACCCGGUACCAAGGGUAACCCGGAACUCACCAAGCCUCCAUGGUGGGCUCCGGGCAUCAUGCACAAGGAGCCCGACCAUAUCCAGAAAGGACCGCGCAUCUGCUUGUUGUUGCACAUUCUACGCAAGCUGGCCGGCUACGGAAUCACCUCGGAUGGCCUGAAGGAGGUCCUGCUGGACAACAAGCGCACCCUCGACCAGAACGACAACCUGGAGAAGAAGAAGGGCAAGAAGGAGCCUUCGUUCAACAUCAUGGUCGAGAUCCUCCGCGUCCGACAGGUCGAGGAACGCUACGAGCGAGGUGAAGUGGACGCCACUACCUUGGUCUACGUUCGCAAUCGAAACUCCAAAGGCAAGCUCGACAAGGAAGCCGACUAUACCAGCGAGGCCGACGACGAUACCGACGAGGGCGACGAGCAAGAGGUGCCUCCGCCCUGCACGACCCCGAUGGAUCCGUCCCUCUCCAUGGACGCCGGCCGCGUCGCCUCCCUGUUCCCGACCGUCGAUUCCCUCAGCUUCGAAGAUCCGACACGAUCAGACCGGCCGUGUUACACGACGGCAACCGCCGCGGCUGCCAUUCCUGCUCCCACGAGUGUCGCCCCGGACUUUGCUGCCCCGGACUUCUCCUCCCCACAGAACAUCCUGCGCACGCCCGCCGCCGCCGCCACCACCACCAGCACCACCACCUCCUCCUCCUCCACCACCAUGCUGAGCCCGCACGACCACGCCUCCUUUGACUACCUCGCCGCUCCCGCUCCUCAGGCAAUGGUCGCCCCGCCCUCCGCCGCCCAUUUCGACCACUGGGCAACCCCGGUCCCGAUCUUCCGCCAGAACAUCUUCGGCUCCGUCGACUAUGGCAGCCAUCACGCCAUGGCGCAUCCUCCUCCCGCUCAUCCCCAGUCUCAUCCUCAGUCUCACCCUUCUCAUCCAUCCAUCUCCUUCUCCAUGCCCCUCACCCAAGACCCCCUGGGCCACCCGCACCACCUUUCGGCUCACCACACCAUGGCAGACUACAGCCUGAAGAACCCGCCCUUCCGCACCGGCUCGCUCGGCCAUCCCCACCAUUCGGAUGGACUUCCCUUGCAUGGGAUGUAGAUCUAUCCUACAAUCACUUCCUAGUCUUAAGUGGUAUCUCAUUACUACUCCCGCUCUUACGACGAUACGACAAGCACGAAUCCAUGAAAAUAAUCGUGCAAGCCCCUCUCACCUUACCUUCAGUUCCUUCGGUACAUAUCCAUUCUUCGACACUCGACCUUGUCACCGGUUUUUUUCUUGAUUCGUAUACAUAUGCUGAGAUAACUGUUUGGGUGGGCUCUGUGCAACAAAACUUGAGAAUUUGUUAGCCAUUUGAGAUUCUUUCUUUCUUUCUUUUCUCUUCAGUGGUCUUUUGCAGCUUUGCUUUCUUCUUGUUCUUUUCUUUGACUUGGCUUGGCUUCUUGUUUGAUCUUUCAGAACGGUGUUGGGAGACUUGUUCAGAGCGAUUUCGGCUGGCGGUGUCAUUAGUACAGCUACAGUAUAUACGAUUCUAUACUCAUACUCUCUAUACUUACUAGG